CAGACAGGUUCUGUUGGUUCUGUUUAGUUCUGUAGACCAGGUGGUCCAGGCUGAACAGGUUCUGAAGCCGGUCCAAUUAACGCUGACUGCAGAACAGAACUUGAUUCUGUUGGUCUGACCCACUUCCAGCUGCUACUCCUUUGAUGACUACAAGCUGACCACCGAAUGGCUCCAGAACCAGACCCGGCACCGACCCAAAGUGGCCGUGAUAUGCGGGUCCGGACUCGGCCUGCUGGCAGAAGCCGCCGCCGACAAGCAAACCUUCAGGUACCAGGACAUCCCCAACUUCCCUUCCCAGGCCAUGAAGGCUGCCUGGUGUUCGGGACCAUCGAGGAGACGCCCUGUGUCUUCAUGAAGGGACACUUCCACCUGUACGAAGGUUACUCCCUCUGCCAGGUGACCUUCCCAGUUCGGAUCUUCAAGCUGCUGGGAGUGGACUCCGUCCUGGUGACCAACGCCUCGGGGGGGAUCUGUCCGGACUUCAAGGUCGGGGACAUCAUGGUGAUCCGGGAUCACAUCAACCUGCCAGGUUUUGCCGGCCAGCACCCUCUGUGCGGACCCAACGACGAGCGGUUCGGGACGCGAUUCCCCUGCAUGUCGGACGCCUACAGCAAAGCACUGCGGACGCUGGCGCUGGACGUGGCCUCUGACCUCGGCUGCAGCGUCCGCACCGGCGUCUACUGCAUGGUGAGCGGACCCAACUUCGAGACCAUCGCGGAGGCCCGCAUGCUGCUGACGCUGGGCUGCGACUGCGUGGGAAUGUCCAUGGUCCCUGAAGUCACUGUGGCGAAACACUGCGGACUCAGAGUCCUGGGUUUGACCCUCGUCACCAACAAGGUGUCUCUGGACUACAGCCGUGAGGAAAAGGUGAACCAUGAUGAGGUUCUGGAGAUCUGUAAGAUGAGGGCGGAGCUUCUGCAGAAGCUGGUCUCCACUCUGAUUGGCCGCUGUCAGCAGAACAUCAACACACACUGAGACACACACCUGGAGCUGCUGCUGGUCUCCAGUCCAUUUCUGUUCUCAAUAAAUUG